AUGGCAGAACCGAUAGAAGGUAUUCACUUUUCUAACUGGAACCCUUCCGUCGACACUGUUCAUACCUACUCCUGGCUGACUAAUGGAACUACUUUAACAACUCGUCACUCCCUCCAUCUGUAUACUUCAAAAAACCUUGCAUCUGUCACAAAAAAGCUGGCUGAUCACAUUUCUGAAAUAUUCCAUGAAAAAGUCAAUGCCUUUGGACUUGAAUGGAAUCAAUACAAUAGUAAAGAAAAUCUAAUGAUAAUGGAUGCGUUCUGUAAUCCAGUUCAAGAUUUUCAGUUAACAGGGGACACUUCGAACGACUCUUCCAAAAAUGACGUGUUGACUUCCAUUUUGAAAAAUCAAAAUGCCAAAGAAACUAUGACUCUGUGGAUUAAUCCAAGCUCAGAUUUCAGUUUUGAUUUUAGUCAAUUCAAGAAUUCCUUAGAAAUCUUGGAUAUAACAGACUCACAUUGGAUAACUAUUCAAAACAUUUUGGAUGUCAGAUGUGUAAAAUUGUACCUUCAUAAGUCAAAUUUUCUCCAAGCAGAUUACAAAUUAUUGAUUGAUAAAUGGAGAGAUGGAUGGACUCCAAAUUGGAAGACAAUGAGCAUUGAACUCAAUGAAGAUAUCAAUGUUGAUACCUGUGUCGAUGGAGAAUAUAUUGAUUUGGAACCAGAGAACUAUAAAAGUAGAAAAGUAGUCUGUGGAAAUUUACCAAUUCAACUCAAUCGAUUCAAAGGAUUUUUCGAAGGCAAUUGUGGAACAGCCUUUAUGCAUGCAUAUCAUAUUUUACGAUCAGAUGGGUGUAUUGCAACGAUUGGAAUAGCAGACGAUAAAUAUCGAGUUGGAUGGUUUCAUAUCAGAUAA